AAAGUGACCGUUUUGAUUUUAUUGAUUGCAUUUCCCGGGUGAAUUGUUCACGGCGCAUGCUCGAAAAUUGCUCGGAAAAUUCGUGACUGCGGCUGCAAAGGUUGCAAGUGGAUUUACUUAGUUUCGCAUAACGCGCCACAAGGAUGGGUAAGGAGAAGACUCACAUCAACAUCGUGGUGAUCGGCCACGUAGAUUCUGGCAAGUCCACCACAACCGGACAUCUUAUCUACAAAUGCGGUGGCAUCGACAAGAGAACUAUCGAGAAGUUCGAAAAGGAGGCACAGGAGAUGGGCAAGGGCUCCUUCAAGUACGCUUGGGUGUUGGACAAACUAAAAGCAGAGCGUGAGCGCGGUAUCACGAUUGACAUCGCGCUGUGGAAGUUCGAAACGGGCAAGUAUUAUGUGACCAUCAUCGACGCACCCGGACACAGGGACUUCAUCAAGAACAUGAUCACUGGCACCUCCCAGGCUGACUGUGCGGUGUUGAUUGUGGCCGCGGGCACGGGCGAGUUUGAGGCGGGCAUCAGUAAGAAUGGGCAGACGCGUGAGCACGCUCUCCUUGCCUUCACCCUGGGCGUCAAGCAGCUGAUCGUAGGUGUUAACAAGAUGGACUCCACUGAACCUCCCUACCACGAGGCACGCUACGAGGAAAUCAAGAAGGAAGUGUCCUCUUACAUAAAGAAGAUCGGCUACAACCCCGCCACGGUGGCUUUCGUGCCCAUCUCGGGCUGGCACGGAGACAACAUGCUGGAGCCCUCCGACAAAAUGCCUUGGUUCAAGGGCUGGACCAUCGACCGCAAGGAAGGCAAGGUUGAGGGCAAGACCCUUAUUGAGGCUCUGGACGCUAUUCAGCCCCCAUCCCGGCCCACGGAGAAGCCGCUGCGCUUGCCUCUGCAGGACGUGUACAAGAUAGGAGGCAUAGGCACUGUGCCUGUGGGCCGAGUUGAGACCGGCAUCCUCAAACCUGGUAUGGUAGUGGUGUUCGCGCCUGCUGCUAUCACCACUGAGGUGAAAUCUGUAGAGAUGCACCACGAGGCCCUGCAAGAGGCCAUGCCUGGAGACAACGUUGGCUUCAACGUCAAGAACGUGUCUGUGAAGGAACUGCGUCGCGGCUACGUGGCCGGCGACUCUAAGAACGCACCACCUAAGGGUGCUUCCGACUUCACUGCUCAGGUGAUCGUGCUGAACCACCCGGGCCAGAUCAGCAACGGCUACACGCCCGUGCUGGACUGUCACACCGCGCACAUCGCCUGCAAGUUCGCCGAGAUCAAGGAGAAGUGCGACCGUCGUACUGGUAAGACUACAGAGGUGGACCCGAAAUCGAUAAAGUCUGGCGACGCGGCCAUCGUGACGCUGGUGCCCACCAAGGCGCUGUGCGUGGAGUCGUUCCAGGAGUUCCCGCCGCUCGGCCGCUUCGCAGUGCGCGACAUGCGCCAGACCGUCGCCGUCGGCGUCAUCAAGAGUGUUACCUUCAAGGAAGUCACAACGGGUAAAAUUACCAAGGCUGCCGAGAAGGCCCAGAAGAAAAAAUAACUAUGGGGCAUGUUAAGCAAUGUAGUGCAGCCGACCAGCACCUGCAGCAGCGCGGCGGCCGGCGGCUGCACUACCGCCCCGUCGAGUCCUAGCCGAGUCCCGCCCCCCCGAGUGUCUCCCCGCAAUCGGAGCUUCUUCACUGGUGACAUCACGCUCGCCCUCUACGUAUGCAUUUAUCAUAGCACGAUAUUCUUAAAGUUAGUUCGUUUUAGUUACGCUUACGUGUUAAGUUUAUAUCUUUGUGAUUAUUUUAGUCGUAAGUUACUCGCCAAGUUUGAGUUUCCGUAUCUGAAAGCUCGUUACGUUUUAUUUUUCCAUCGCAAGGAGUUUAGGAGGAAAAGCAAUGGAGUGGUGGUUGGAUUUUUAAACCAAUUCCGUGCACAGAACAACACUAUGACUGCUUCGUGAAUGUCAUCCGACUCAUUCUGACACCUAUUCUCGUUGAUAUGUAUUUCUUGAUCAUUUCUAAUUGUUAUAUUUUAUUUGUUAUAUUCUAUAUAUUUUUUCAGUAUCACGUUUCAAAUUGUCUUCUCAUAAAUCCAUAAUAUUAUAAUAUUCUGGUUUAUUAAUGAAUAAAAUUCAUUGUACUUAUUUAUAUUUUUAAUAUGCCUAGAUACGUAGGUGUAAGUAUUAUCGUAUCUAAUUAUUUCACGUUAUAAUGGUCGAAGAUUAUUGUAAAGUUAACAUCAGCGUAGUUAUUGAGGGAAUUUGAUUGUAAAUCAAUCCCCUGUAGUUAGCAGUAUGACUAAAGCGUUAAAAACGUAAUGAUAGAAAUUUUGAAAUGUUUGUAAGGCGUAGUUACCUAAUUUUUGUUCCUAGUAUUUAAAUGAAAAUGAAUUAAUUUGAACUUCUGUGUGAGGGUUUGAAUAUUCAAUUCUAAUCUACCCAUUAAAACUGUUUCCAUAAUCUUAACUGUUUAGAUAUUCUUACGUACGGAAAACAAACUCGAGACUCAUUUUAAGCUAAAUGUAACUUUGUAAUUUUUUCAAUAAUUUUGUAAAGACCUUGAUCCUUGAUAAAACCAAUAAAGAAGCUACUGGUA